CAACCUAUUCUUCGCUAGGUUCACAGUCGCAUCCCCGAGUUUCAUUGAGUUUGUUCUUAAGGAAAAUAGAGAGUCCUAACCAAGUGUCUGUCCGUUCUUCAGUCCUCGAGUGCAACCAUGCCGUCGUCCAGGAGCUUCUUCUUCGUCCUUGCAUUUGCUGGAGUUCUAUGGAGUUGCGUUCUCUGCCUUCAACGACCCCCUCCGAGAUAUUCGCAACAAUAUAUGCCGGACACUUCCUUCACUUGUCAAAAUAAGAUCCUAGGCAGCUAUUACGCCGACCCGGAGACCGACUGUCAACUAUUCCACGUUUGUGUGUCCGUUGCAGGAACCGUCCAGGAUUAUCGAUUCCUGUGUCCUAACGGCACAGCUUUCGAUCAAGAGAGCCAAACCUGUGCUGACUGGUAUGACGUGGAUUGCGAAGCAGCAACGCUCUAUUACGCCAGCGACAACUUUGACCUUUACAGACUGGGUUCAGGUUUAGAAUCCCUUCACUUUGAUAGUAUUCGUAGUGAUGCGGAACCUCAGGACCAUCUUCAGCGCAGUGAAACUAGCGACGCAGUCCGGUCUUCUGCCAAUGCCCUCAACAGAGUAGCCUCAACCAGUUUUAAAGACAGAGGCAGCAAAGAUAUCCUCCACGGAAGCAGCAGCAGCAAUUACUUCAAUAACAGAAACAAUGCCAAAGAUGACGACUACGACGACAAGGUCAUUCCUGAAUCCAGAAAGAAGUCUGGAAUAAGAAAAGUUAGCAGAAAGCAGCAAUUAAGCGCCAAUGACAAUACACCAACAACGACAUCAGCCACUGCUCAUUCCAGCAAGAGCUACAACUUCUACACUGGAAACAAUUAUAACCAUCAAAGAGCGUUUGAUUCUUCAACAACGACACCGCGAAUAGCUUCAACACAGGAUUUUAAAAAUACUCAGAAGGCGGUUCAGCAAACGACUUAUCGACCAACAUACACGUACUCUACUUAUACAACUACAACCUAUAGACCGAGUACCAACUAUCCAGAAGGUUUCACUGGAUUUCCAAUUAUUACCAGCACAACUGCCAAGACAACGACUACUAGUAACAACAAUAAUAAAAAUAACUUCAGCAGUGGCUUCGGAAAUGGCAAUUCCUUCAGUUCUUCUAGUGGAACAACUUCAAGGCCUUCCACCUACAAGAAAGUCUACUAUGACCCGUCUACCCUGCCUGAGACUUUCUCGCCAUCUACUACCAGUCAGCCAAGCACAAACUAUCAAUCAAGCGAUUUCAACACCUUCAACAACAACUUCCAAAGGAACUACAACAACAUUCAACGCACUAGCAGCACUUCAAACUUUGCUUCCUCUACAAGUUCUCCAAAUUUCUUUGACAGCUUUAACAAUCAAUUUAAUAGUAGAUCAAAUUCUCCUUCAACAAGACAAGAAUAUACUGAGACGACUGCCAAGAUAAUUUCCAAUAAUUUCUCAAAUAACGGCAACGCACCAACGACCUACAGCCCAAUAACGAAAAAAAAUGAUCACUUAAGAGAACGGUUUAAUGCCCAAUCGAAGAAUGAGGGUCAGUACAAUGAUGGUCAAUACAAGAAGAGCGAUGAUAACAAGUAUUCUCAAAAUAAUGGACAGUAUUAUGAGAAAUCGAGCCAAAGUAAGUCGACCAACUACUAUGAUACAACGAAACCUCCCAAGAAAGUUACACAGCAUAACAGCUACGAUUCCGGAAACAGCGGAAAGUAUUAUGAAACCACCACAACUGGCAACUACAAUUUCGGCAGAUCUGGUGCAAUUGGAUUCAGUCCUUCCAGCAUUAAUCACUUAGCCGAGUCUCCUAAAACCACAACUCCAGUGCCAAGAAAAACUGGGGCACCUACGACCUACAAUCCCAACAGUUUUAAUACCAACAAUCAAAGGACGGCUCAGUCUCAAACGAAUUCUCGAGGAACAACUUAUGUCAGUCAUUCCGCAAGACCGUUUUCGACAACUCAAAGCUUUACCGAAAGUACUACAUUGAAACCUGCGAAAACCGGAAAGAAGAACGAUUAUGACUACGCAUACUACGAUAAUGCGGGAGCUUUGGAGUACGAUGGAAUUGAACUUGAACAUGUGACAGGAAACAAAGAAUCUUCGAAAAUUUCAAGGUCUUGAACAUCAGUAGACACAACAUUUACUAUAAGCCAAAACAGUCAUAAUUUCAUUUUGUCUCAACCAUAAUCACAAUGAAUUCAAAAUAGUCUGCUUAACUAAUCAGAGUUAAAGCAUUUCAUUGGAAAAUAUAAAAUUUAUAGUUCAUCUUCGGAAAGUUAAUAUAUAGCUAAAAUUUUAUAUUUUCAAAGGAUCAAACGAAAUUCAUGAGACAAAUUAAAAUUCCUAAUUCUCUUUUAAAAAAAGAAAUUAUUUUAUUCUUAUUCUCUUUAAUUCGCGACUUUAAAUAUUUGUACGAGACAUAUUAUGUGUUUUAUUAAUUACCAGGCCAGUUACUAUAUUCUCAUAAAAACCUUCUUAUGAUAUUUAUGUGCGGAUGUUCCACUAUGAAUAUUGUAAAUUUGUGAACGCAUUGUGAAUAUGUCAAACUGAAAUUUUGUUUUCACUAUCCUUUUUUUAUUCAUUCAAAGUGUCUCUUAACAUUAUGAUAAGAUAAAAAUUAAUUUUCAAUUAGUGUAAAGAGAAACUUUAGAGAAAUCCUGCAAAAGGAAUUUUUUAACCUUUUUAAAAAUUCAUCAAAAAUUCAUAUGCCAUCUUGUUAAUUGAUUUUCUAGUGACGACAGGAUUUCAAAUCCCAACAAUUAUUUAUGAAUUUACUAUAUAUUGUAAAGUUCUUUUUUAUUUCUUUGUUAUUAUAGAUAGUAAGGUGCAUGGUGGUAGAGCCCAUGUCAUUGAAACAAUUUUUUUAGAAAGAAUUUGACUGUACCAAGAAAUAUAAUUUCUUGCGAUAUUUUUUAAUAUGAUAAAAAUGUACAGAAAAAUAUGUAUUUU